GCACAGGCCAACAAUUCUUUUUACCGACUAACCUAAAGCCAAGCCUCCGGCGAUGGACUACAAACCUUACGUUCCGGCAGUUCCGCCGGAAUCCUGUGCACCUCCCACCUUCUCUUACCAGCCUCCGCCACCAGGGGUCGCCAUUGAUCCUGCACCGCCUCCUUCGAUCGGUGAGGAGGCCCAUGCCGCUGAGUUUAUGGUCGCUGGCAUGAGCGCUGAAGAUGCUGCGUUGUGGAGACGCGGCCUUGUUUGGGAUAGGGGUAUGUCUCCGUUUAGGGGUUGGUAUGGGAUGAGAUGGGGAGUUGGUUAUCCGGGCAAUUUUUCUCAGCAGCCAUAUUUGGUGGACACCGGAGCGGUCCAUGGCCAUGGCAGUGAUAUUCAACAUGGAAAAUCAACAAUAGUUGAGCCUUACAAACCUGAAUUACUUCCUCAAAUCAACCCCUUGAAAACCACCGGAGAAGAGGCGGCAUUAGAGCUCCCUGCAUCGGAACCAUGUUUGCCGGCCCAGUCUUCGCUCCUCCCACUCACAUGGUGUGAUAUCUGCCGUGUGGACUGUAACAGCCUGAAAGUCCUCGAGAAACACAAGACCGGUAAGCGCCAUAAGAGGACCCUCCUGUUACUGGAAAACCUAAACGGGCUGCCGGAAAUGGUCCAAGAGCUUGCAGCCUAUAAUCACACGAAACCUGAGCACCACAGCGAAUCCGUUUCAGCACGGAUCGAGGGCACGAAGGUUGAAACGCCUACAGAUACAACUUCUAAUAUAAAGAAAAAACGGAAGCGGAAUGCCGCGCCGGAGCAGCCUCGGGUCUGUGUUCUAUGCAAUGCCACGUGCAACAGCGAGGCCAUGUUCGAGUCUCAUCUUGCCGGAAAGAAGCAUUUAUCGCGGAUAAACCAUUUCCAGAGACCCGAUACUAUUUUCGGACUAAUGACCGAUUACAUGCCUCCCGACCAGUCGUCAACUUCGGCGUCUCAAGAUACGCAGACUCUUUAUUAUGGCCUUAUGAACUGCGGACAACCUCAAGCUUAUGCUGUUUUAAAUCCCCAUUUGGAUUCUGAAAGUCAAUAUGGCUUCAUCCAGUCUUGAAGUCCGGCUGCAGUUGACUCGGUGAGUCUUACUGAGUCUGCGAGUUUUCUAUGAUAAUGUAUAGGAUUUAGCAAACUUAAGGUUCUGAGAAAGAGCUGAUUGUUUUUUGUGUGUCAAUGUUGGUUUUUUUAUGUAGGACAUGAUUAAUGCGAGCCUUUAGAUUCUGUACUAAAUUUUUGGUGAAAGAAAAAGUUUGAGUUGAUUGACUGCCAUGAGUGGAGUUUUUACUCUCUUAUGUAUAACUGGUUAAACAAUUGGCUAAUUUACAUAAA